GUAACGUCUACCACAAAAGAUGUCACUUUUUGGUAACACAAUUCGGCGGACCCAAAGCUCGAAGCUUUUUCAUGGUCGGCUCUCGCAUAUUACCCACAGAUCAAUAUUCCAUUCACAAAUUUCCAUUUCAAUCUCUCCGGAAAGAUUUCAAUUUUCAAGCUCUGCCUUUUCAGCAAUCGUUACAAGUGUCCAUCUCUCUAUAGGUCGAUCAGAUGCGCAUGACAAGAUUUCAAGGAACCCUAGAUCAAUGCCGAGACUUGGAUCAUCUAAAAUAGUCACACCCACUUUCACAGACCCUAACCAUGGCGAAGCAGUCCACGGGAUCCUCAACAUUCUUCUUCCACAAGAAGAAGCGAUGGUUUCUGGUUCUGCUAGCCUUGCUAUCCAUCUCGACGGCGGUGGCGUUUAUUAUCAGGGCCGCUUAUGAUUCCUCAUGUGAUCGCCGUCUCUUUGAUGUCCCUGCUGCAGGUAAACGGUUUCAAUCGACGGUGAAUCCGAAGGCGUCGCCUCCGCCUAAAGUCAAAGUAGCGAAUCCUCUCAGUUUCAUGAAGUCGAAGCUUGUUCUUCUCGUUUCUCAUGAACUCUCUCUUUCUGGUGGUCCAUUGCUAUUAAUGGAACUAGCGUUUCUAUUGCGAGGUGUUGGUGCUGAAGUUUGUUGGAUAACGCUUCAAAAGCCACCGGGGAAAGAUGAGGUAAUUUACAGUUUGGAGAACAAGAUGCUGGAUCGUGGAGUACAGGUCUUCUCUGCUAAAGGUCAAGAAGCUAUAAACACCGCCAUUAAAGCCGAUUUGGUUGUUUUAAACACUGCCGUCGCCGGAAAAUGGCUAGACGCUGUUCUGAAUAAAAACGUCCCUCAAAUUCUCCCAAAAGUGCUAUGGUGGAUUCAUGAAAUGCGAGGUCAUUACUUCAAAUUGGAUUACGUCAAACAUUUACCAAUGGUAGCUGGGUCUAUGAUUGAUUCCUACGUUACAGCUGAAUAUUGGAAAAACAGAACUCAAGAACGAUUAAAGAUUCAGAUGCCAAAAACUUACGUUGUUCAUCUCGGAAACAGUAAAGAGCUCAUGGAUGUCGCAGAAGAUAAUGUAGCAAAAAGGGUUUUAAGGGAGCAUGUUCGAGAGUCUCUUGGAGUGCGUAAUGAAGAUAUACUUUUCGCUGCUAUUAAUAGUGUUUCGCGUGGAAAAGGUCAAGAUUUAUUUUUGCGUUCAUUUCAUGAGAGCUUACAGAUAAUUCAAGAAAAGAAGCUUCAAGUGCCUUCAGUUCAUGCAGUGAUUGUGGGAAGUGAUAUGAGUGUGCAGAUUAAAUUUGAAACAGAACUUAGAAACUUUGUGAAUUUGAAGAAGAUUCAACAUCGAGUUCAUUUUGUGAAUAAAACUCUAAAUGUUGCUCCAUAUCUUGCAGCCAUUGAUGUUCUAGUACAAAAUUCUCAGGGCCGAGGAGAGUGCUUUGGGAGGAUAACAAUCGAAGCAAUGGCAUUCCAACUACCCGUAUUGGGAACAUCAGCAGGAGGGACAUCAGAGAUUGUGGUCAACGGGUCAACGGGUUUUCUACAUCUUCCAGGAAAAGAAGGGGUGACUCCUCUUGCAAAAAACAUGGUGAAAAUGGCGACACAUGUUGAAAGAAGGUUAACAAUGGGAAAGAGAGGGUAUGAAAGGGUGAAAGAAAUGUUUUUGGAACAUCACAUGGCGAAUAGAAUCGGUGUUGUGUUGAAGGAUGUGUUGAAGAAUAGGGAAAAUGGAAAACACCAUUGAUGUUUUUAAGUUGGUGUUAUUUGUGUAUAUUGGUUGUUGGAAAUGAUGUGAUUACAGUGAGAAUGAUAGGUUGGGUUUUAGUUUUCUAGAGAGUGGUUGUGUUGGUGGAAUUGGUAUAUGAAAAUUGGAGUUUGUUCAUUAGAUUUUGUAUUGGUG